ACUGCAGAACAACAACAGUUCGGCGUCACCCGUCCUGCAUGGCGGUCAUAGGCGGGGAAAUAUUUCUUAGAAACUUACGUUCGCUAUCACCAAAUGUCGUACACCAUAAACAGUAAAAUACAUGGUGCGAUCGUACAACGCAAAACGUUUCGGGAAUCGCAGCUCGUAUCGCAAGUCAGAAAUCGUACAGCGAGAAUCACGCUACAGUCCGCACUACGCACCGUCACCCGGUAAUCUGCAACAACUUUUGUCGCCGAUGAUCGCGAACGCGGGGCGCUAGCCGGGCCGCGGGCGGGACGAGGCCCAUGGCCGACUACACCAACUGGGGCGUUCGGCUGCUCGUACUGGUGGCCUUUGGCGUCGUGCUGGGACCCGGGGCGGCGUCUGGGGCGAGGACGGGGAAGGCGAAGUCGCGCGGGUCCCACCUAGUGUCCCGCCUGCUGAGCGUAGACAUGUGCAGAGACCGCCCGUCCGCGAUCGCCAACAUGUCGGCGGUCAUGCGGCAUCUGACCGGCGGGACAAUCAGCGUCGACGUCGACAUGAUCGUCUCCAGGACGGCCCAAUCAUUCAGUAAGUUCGACAUGACGCUGACCAAGUGCCGGGACGCCGUGUCCUCCAACUCGUGCGAGUACUACCAGACGUGGACCUACGAGCUCGGGGUGUGCCGGGUGAUGAGCAUACCCGGCAUGCCGUGGAGCGCCAGUAUGAGCAAGAUGACGCCCCCCUUCAAGUGCCCCUUUGUCAAGGGAGUCUACCACACGCGGAACGCCACCGCCGACCUGGACGCCGUGCUGCACAUCCCCAUCCAGUGGGAGGGCAACGUGUGGCGCGUCAACAUCAUGGUCUACAACCAGCUCAAGGAGCUGCACCUGUGCUGGGUCGCGGACCUGGACUUCCCCCGCGUCAAGAACCAGCAGCACGAUCCUUAGCAAUCCGAGUCAAUCAUAUUUCUGUAUUCGUUUAAGCGGUUUUAAAAAUGACGUCUGUUCCCGCCUUCGUU